AGUUCCACCCCCAACCUCUUCUUCUCUCUCCAUCUCACUCCGACGGACGCUCCCCUCCCUCAGCUCAGCUCAGCUCACCACAUUCUCCAUCCCGCCAACGGAACGCGAGAGAGACCACGCCAAGAAGCAGCAGGCGGCGAUGGGCUACACGUACACGCCGACCUACUACUCGGGGCUGCAGGACACCAUCGCGUCGCUGUGCAAGUCCAUCAUGCCAUUCCCCUUCCGGGCGGGGCGCCGCCUCACCGCCGACCAGUCCGCCGCGCGCCGCCACGCCGAGCAGCUCAAGUGGCAGCAGGAGUCCUUCCACCGCAUCCUCCACCUAGCGGCGCUCCACCGCGAGGGCAUCGUCCCGGCCUCCGACGUCGCCGCCUUCCGCGCCUCCAUGCUCGCAACGCUCACCGCGCCUCCCAAGCACCCCGACCAGCCCGCCAUUCUCCGCGACAGGCUCCUCUUCCUCCAGGAGCUCCUCUACGCCAAGUGCGUCUCCGCAGCGGAGUACAACUCCUCCAAGGCGCCCCUCGUGCAGCGCCUCGCCGCGCUCGGCGUCGUGGUCGAGUGCCCCGACGCGGAGGCCUCGGCUGAGGAGUGGUCGGAGAUCGACCUCCGGGACCCGACUCCUCCCGCUGCAGCGGCCGGCGACAAGCCAAAGCACAAGGCCUUCAUCACGCCAUGGAAGAGCAGAUCCAGGAAGGACCAGGACACUUCAAGGCCGCCGCUGGCGCAAGUGGACCAGAACCACUCAAAGAACGCAUCAGUCCUCAUGGCCGAGACCUCCCCGUCGGAGGUUGUGCCAUCCGGGAAGCCCGAGAAGGGGAAGAGGAGGCACCUGGCGGCAAUUUUCAACAACGGCAGCGAGAACAAGGAGCCCGCGGGGACGGAAGAAGAAGUCGAUGAGAAGGAGACGGUGAAGGGCAAGAAGAAGAGCUCGUGGGGGUUUGAUGGGCUCAAGAAGUGGAAGAAGGCAGCUGGUGGUGACAAUGAGGAGGCGGCGGAGCACGCCCCGGCUGCACCGCCACGGUCAUCGCACAGCGAGUGCCGGCUUGAGGCGAGCCCCAUGGUUGCCUCCGGCCCGGACGCAAAGAGGGCCAAGAAGAAGCUGCAUUCGGCGACGGGUGAUGACUCUGCUUCCGAGUUGUUACAUGAUAAGGUUCUGGUGGAGAACACAAAGAAGGAGCUUUCGAGGAUUCAGGCUGAGCUAUCAUCUACAAAUCGAAACUUGAACUUCUCGGAUCAGCAGAUCGAGACCAUCUCAACAAAGCUUCCGGUGGACAAGUCCGACCUCAAGCCCUUCUUCCCAAAGGCUUGGUGCGAUCAGCACGGCGACGGCGUGAUCACCGCUGCGAAGAAAGAGUUCAAGGAACAUGUCGAAGAGAUGGAGAAGCAGAGGGACAUUGCCGGCGGCGAGGGCUGGGCUACUUUUGAGGACAUCGACCUUGAUGAGAGCUUCAACCCCAGGGCCUUCUCUCAGCAUCAGUCAGACUCGGCUGUGAAGGGAAAGAAAGUUAACGAGAGCCUCACUAGCAGUUUCACUAACCCUUUCUAUGACGAGAAGAACCCGUUCUUGAACACAAACUACAACUGAUACAAUCAUACAAGUGAAUGCUGUUUGUUUGGGUCUUUUGAGUUGGGAUGUAUCGCUUCGUUUAUAUUCUGGUUAUUGGUGUUGUACUUAAGGUUCAAUUGUUAUAUUGGACUAGGUUGCGGUUUAAGGUGUAAUAAGUUGUAUUUAUAUGGGAGCUCAUAGUUCCCUUGAUUAAUCAUUUACCAUUGAUAUCUAUGAAUGCUCAGUCAAGUUUUUGUUUU